GCGAUUUCCGGCUUGCUGAAGAAAGUUGAGCAGGAGAGGUCUGCAGGUUCUUGGAUUCCGAAAAUGGACAGUCAAGGAAGGAAAGUGGUGGUUUGUGACAAUGGAACCGGGUUUGUGAAGUGCGGCUAUGCGGGCUCCAACUUCCCCGAGCACAUCUUCCCCGCGCUGGUGGGCCGGCCCAUAAUCCGCUCCACCGCCAAAGUGGGCAACAUCGAGAUCAAGGACCUGAUGGUGGGGGACGAGGCGAGCGAGCUGCGGUCCAUGCUGGAGGUGAACUACCCCAUGGAGAACGGCAUUGUGCGGAACUGGGACGACAUGAAGCACCUGUGGGACUACACCUUCGGGCCCGAGAAGCUCAACAUCGAGUCGCGCAACUGCAAGAUCCUGCUCACCGAGCCUCCCAUGAACCCCACCAAGAACCGCGAGAAGAUCAUCGAGGUAAUGUUCGAGACGUAUCAGUUCUCUGGGGUUUACAUUGCUAUCCAGGCUGUUCUCACACUCUACGCCCAAGGUCUCCUGACGGGCGUGGUGGUGGACUCGGGCGACGGCGUGACCCACAUCUGCCCCGUCUACGAGGGCUUCUCCCUGCCCCACCUGACCCGGCGACUGGACAUCGCCGGGAGGGACAUCACUCGCUACCUCAUCAAGCUGCUGUUGCUGAGGGGCUACGCCUUUAACCACUCUGCGGACUUUGAGACGGUGCGCAUGAUGAAGGAGAAGCUGUGCUACGUGGGCUACAACAUCGAGCAGGAGCAGAAGCUGGCGCUGGAGACCACCGUGCUGGUGGAGUCCUACACGCUCCCGGACGGCAGGGUCAUCAAGGUGGGGGGGGAGAGGUUUGAGGCCCCCGAGGCCCUAUUCCAGCCCCACCUCAUCAACGUGGAGGGGGUGGGCGUGGCCGAGCUGCUCUUCAACACCAUUCACGCGGCUGACAUCGACACCAGGGCGGAGUUCUACAAGCACAUCGUCCUUUCGGGGGGCUCCACCAUGUACCCCGGCCUGCCGUCCCGCCUGGAGAGGGAGCUGAAGCAGCUGUACCUGGAGCGCGUGCUCAAGGGCGACGUGGACAAGCUGUCGAAAUUCAAGAUCCGGAUCGAGGACCCGCCCCGGCGCAAGCACAUGGUGUUCCUGGGCGGGGCCGUGCUGGCAGACAUCAUGAAAGACAAGGACAACUUCUGGCUGACGCGCCAGGAGUACGAGGAGAAGGGGAUGCGCGUUCUGGAGAAACUGGGGGUCACCGUCAGAUAAACCGGGGACACGCGGCCCCCCUCGGCCUCCCUUCACCCCCCCCCCCCCACCCCCCACCACCCCACCACACACCCAUCUGUCCGUCUUCCACCUCUUCUUUUUGUUCUUCUCUCGCUUAUUCCUUAGAACCACUCAUCCAUCGCGAGGAGAAAGAGAGAGAGAAGAGAGGGAGGAAGGGAGGGAGGGAGAGAGGGAGGGAGGGAGGGAGGGGUGUGGCUUUGAGGCGGGGUUUAAGGGGGAGGGGAUUGGGAGGGUUCACUUGUGGGCCGGUUGGCGUGGUUACGACGGUUUUUUUUUUUCUUUUUCUUUUUUUCUCCCCGGGAAAGUUUCUAUUUUCUGCCCCCCCCCCCCCCACUCGUAUCUAAAUGCCAAAAAUAAAAUGAAAUAAAUUUUUUUUUAAAGUAGAAAGUAAAGGAAGAAAAUCCACCUAGAAUAUGGUUUUGUGAUUAUUACCUCUGGCCCUGACGUGCUGGAGGUGCCCCAGUAACGGCUUUCUCUAGGCAAGCUGCUCGCUGUCAGUGUUCUAGCCUUCUCUCUCUCUCUCUCUUUCUCUCUCUCUCUCCCUCCUCUUGUCCAUUCCUUUGCUUUUUACAGAAAUAUGUCUUUCUAGGAUAUUAUCUUGUGAGGCACUGUAGGAUAAGUGACUCACUCACCCACACCCAGUGUUGUUGUUUGUUGAGGGGCAUGGGGGUGGGAACAUUGGUGUUGGUGGGGGGUCAGAGGGCAUGUGGGUGUGGCCCAGCCGUUCUCUAGUCACAUGGUACACCCUUUCCCCGUGGCUGGGCCGGAGCGUACAGUCAGCUUCCUUGACUCUAAAUCGAUUGGAAUUCUCUUAGCGGUGCUCUCGCUGUCCCCUCCCAGUAAAAAGGCAUUUCAUUCCACGAGGGGGGAACCCGAGAGGCAUUCGGUUCCGGUCAGGACAUUUUUCUUUUUUAUUUUUUAAUGCUGUUUUUUUUCUCUUUUUUUUUCUUUUGGUGGGA